AUGAUCAGAAGAAAUAUUGAUGUCACCUUAGGUCUUGUGAAUGGUACGAUUGGUACAAUAACUUCAAUUAUACGAAAUCCGAAGGAUAAUGAAGUAGAAAAACUAAAAAUAAAAUUAUCAUUUGGAAUUGAACAUACGAUAGAACAAAUUAGCGUUAAGUUUGAAGUAAUGGAUAGAGCGUUUGUUAUAAGAAAACAAUUCCCUAUAUGUCUAAGUUAUGGAAUGACUAUUCAUAAAAGUCAAGGACUGAGUUUAAAACAUGCCGUUGUGGAAGCUGGAAAUUCUGUUUUUACCUGCGGACAAAUAUAUGUUGCUCUUUCACGAGUAACUACGCUGAAUGGACUACAUCUUAUAAAUUANGAUCUUUCAUCUGUGAAAGCAAAUUGUCAAAGUAAUAAUACAGAUAGUGAUCUCACUUCAUGGUGCAUACGAGGAUUUUUAAAUCAAGAUAAUGUAUCAUGCUAUGCUAACGCUUCUAUUCAGUGUCUUUUAAAUUUUUCUAUUAUUAGAAAAACGUUAUUAUGUUUAGAACGGACAAAUGCUGUGAGAAAAUUACUGGAUAGCUAUAUCUCCAAUGAUAAAUUUAUAAAUGUAACUGAAGUGCNUAGACUGACAGGUGAGAAAUAUCUUCAACCUGUUAAACACGAUGCUGGCGAAUUUAUUGUACAGCUUAUUGAUAACAUACAAAGUGUAAAAAGAAUGACUGAAUAUCAUUUAACUACAACUUUGCGAUGUAAAGUAUGCAGUUAUACAACUAUGGAAACGCAUAGUACUUCUGUUCUUUUGGUACGUAUUCCUGAAACUAUAAAAAAGUCUUAUACUCUUCAAGAACUCAUACAGUUAAAUUUUUCAUUUUGGAAUAAUGUCGAAAAAGUAUUGUUGGAUGUCGAGGAAGGUCGGGUGGUCGAGAUGAAGUUCAGAACACGAACUU